GGAGGGGACGCGGCCGAGCGCGGGGCGUGGGCGCGGGGCUGCUGCUGUGCCGCUGCGGGACCGCGGACGCCGCGGGCCGGCGGAGCCGAGCCAUGACCGACGCCGGCGGCAGGAAAGAAGGCUUCAAAAAGUGCAGGAGCGCCACUUUCAGCAUCGAUGGCUACAGCUUCACCAUCGUCGCAAAUGAAGCUGGAGACAAGGCUGCCAGACCACUAGCCCGCUUCUCCCGGUCGAAGUCGCAGAACUGUGUGUGGAAUUCCCUCAUCGAUGGGCUCACGGGCGAGGUCAAGGAGAAGCCGCGGCCAACGAUUGUCCAUGACCCCCGACCCCCGGAAGAAAUCCUAGCAGAGGAAUUGCCCCAGCUCGACAGCCCAGAAGCCUUUGUGAAGACAUCCUUCAGGUUGCGGUCUUUGGUCAAACAGUUAGAGAGAGGGGAGGCUUCCGUGGUAGAUCUCAAGAAGAAUUUGGAAUAUGCGGCCACGGUGCUCGAGUCUGUGUACAUCGAUGAAACCAGGCGACUCCUGGAUACGGAGGAUGAGCUCAGUGACAUCCAGUCGGACGCGGUGCCCUCUGAGGUCCGAGACUGGCUGGCCUCCACCUUCACGCGGCAGAUGGGGAUGAUGCUCAGGAGGAGCGAGGAGAAGCCGCGGUUCAAGACCAUCGUGCACGCAGUGCAGGCCGGGAUAUUUGUGGAGAGAAUGUACAGACGGACAUCAAACAUGGUUGGACUGAGCUACCCAUCAGCAGUUAUAGAAGCAUUAAAGGAUGUGGACAAGUGGUCCUUUGACGUCUUUUCCCUCAACGAAGCCAGCGGGGACCACGCACUGAAGUUCAUUUUCUAUGAAUUACUCACACGCUAUGAUCUGAUCAGCCGUUUCAAGAUCCCAAUUUCUGCACUUGUCUCAUUUGUGGAGGCCCUGGAGGUGGGGUACAGCAAACACAAAAAUCCUUACCACAAUUUAAUGCACGCCGCCGACGUCACCCAGACUGUGCACUACCUGCUCUACAAGACAGGUGUCGUGAACUGGCUAACGGAGCUGGAGAUUUUCGCCAUAAUCUUCUCAGCUGCCAUCCAUGACUACGAGCACACCGGAACCACCAACAACUUCCACAUUCAGACCCGGUCUGACCCAGCUAUUCUGUACAACGAUCGGUCCGUGCUGGAAAAUCACCACUUGAGCGCAGCUUAUCGCCUUCUGCAGGAAGACGAGGAGAUGAACAUCUUGAUCAACCUCUCCAAGGAUGACUGGAGGGAAUUUCGGACGCUGGUCAUUGAGAUGGUGAUGGCCACGGACAUGUCCUGUCAUUUCCAGCAAAUCAAAGCCAUGAAGACGGCGCUGCAGCAGCCGGAAGCCAUCGAAAAGCCGAAAGCUUUAUCCCUGAUGCUGCACACGGCAGACAUCAGCCACCCAGCGAAAGCGUGGGAGCUCCACCACCGCUGGACCAUGCUGCUGCUGGAGGAGUUCUUCAGACAGGGUGACAGAGAAGCAGAGUUGGGGCUGCCUUUUUCUCCUCUGUGUGACCGGAAGUCCACCAUGGUUGCUCAGUCGCAAGUAGGCUUCAUCGACUUCAUCGUGGAGCCCACCUUCACCGUGCUCACGGACAUGACCGAAAAGAUCGUGAAUCCGUUAAUCGACGAAGCCUCCCCGGCCGGCGGGACAGGGCAGCGGCGUUCCAGUUUGAACAGCCUCAGCUCGGCAGACGCGAAGCGGUCGGCUGUCAAGAGCGCUGGCUCGGAAGGGAGCGCCCCGGUCAACAAUUCCGUCAUCCCCGUCGACUGCAAGAACUUCAAAGUCACCUGGACCGAGGUGGUGCACGUCAACCGGGAGCGGUGGAGGGCCAAGGUGCCCAAAGAGGAGAAGGCCAAGAAAGAAGCCGAGGAAAAGGCCCGCCUGGCGGCCGAGGAGAAGCAGAAGGAAACGGAAGCCAAGAACCAGGCGGAGGACGGCGCGACGGGCGGGGCUGGGAAGGAGACGUCCGGGGCAGCUCAGGGUCAAGUCAACGGGAAAGGCCCCAACAAAGGUGGCAACUCUCACAGGAAAAACUCCAAAGCGGAGAAGUCGCCGGGAGAAAAGCAACGGAAUGGUGACUUGAAAGACGGUAAAAAUAAGGCAGACAAGAAGGAUCAGUCCAACGUCGGGAAUGACUCAAAGAAAACAGACGAUUCAGAAGAGUAAAAAAACACCUCCCAGACAGUAAGAGAGGCUGCCAGUGCGUUGCGUCAUUUAGCUGAGCUUCUUCAUCUUCCUCCUCCUCCUCCUUGCACAGAGACCCAUGUCUGGGGGUGGUGUGCAACUUUCAAAAACGAGCCCCCCACUCUGGGCCUUCUCUCAUGCCACCUGCCCCCAGGAAAUGACUCGCUGGGAGCUGCUUUGGGGUCUUAGAACUUGGGGGGAAUCUCCCCCUGCCCACCCCAGCCCCAGAGCAAACAGAACAACUCGAGAUUUUGCACAAACAGAACCAAAUCACGAAGGGACUUCCUCAGAAUCCUUUGCUAAUGCCCUGGCUUUCAAGGCACCCAUGUGGCCCGAUGAGAGAGGACAUCCCGGACGAGCUGAGAAAGGCCCGAGAAAGCCAAAGCCGCGCGCACAGCGAUUGCUCUGUUAUUACCGCCCGUGACGUUUCUUUAGUGUUGUGGUGUCCGCACGCGCUGCCAAUGGUGGGGACAGCGUGCUGGCUGUCGUCGCAGUCUCUGGUUGAUCCUUUCCCGAGUCCUACGUGUUCCUUUUUUUCCACCAGCUUCCCUUUAGACUUAAACAUUGUUCUCAUCGUUUUCUUUUCAUUUACAUAAUGUGAAAUUCGUUUUGUUUUAUAAAAAAGGAGACCUUUUUUCUUUAGCAGCGUUGAUGUGAUGCUUACUCUGUCUGUGCAUUCACUCGUACGGACCAGGAUGUUUCGGCCGAUGACCAUACUGUCCAGGCGGGAGCCCGCUGUGUUCCCUGGGCAGCACCCGUGUCUGAGUGGUCAUGGAAAUGUCGGCCACUGGCCGGCCCUCUCCUUUUGGAUGUCUGUGCUUUUAGUCCCUCUCCUUCCUGUUCAGGGAAGUCCUGAGGGAGUUUGUAUCAGGGAGGUGUGGCAGAUAGUUCUUUUUAUUUUAGUGAGCCCUUAGAAAUACUUGCUAGGAGAAUAUUCUUAGCACAAAUCAAAAAUAAGAAUGGUAGAUGUAGGCUGGAAAGAGAAUAAAGAUACAGCCCCCUGAGGCCCCCCUGAGGUCAAAAUUGAGAUCCCAUGGAGUGCCUGUGAAGUAAUUCUAUGGGUCUACAUGGUGUGAUUUGGAUGAAACGGAUUCUUCAAAUGUGCUGUGGUUCACAGAGGAGUGUGUGGGUCCCCCCCAAGGGGGAACCACAUGGAUGUAGAAGGAGUGGGAGUCUCAGUAGGACGAGAGCUCAAGGAUAAGCCCAAGGGUGUCCCCCGCUGCACAUUUAAUUUCUCCAUUUAGAAAAGCACUGAAAAAAAACAUGUAAAAAAUCCUCUCGUUACGAAAGCAGAAUGUCGGUAGUUCUUCAGACAGAAAUAAGGAGACUGUCUGUCACCGGUGAUGCCUCUGCUUUGCUGAAGCGCCCCUCGGCACGCAGGUUGGAAGGACUCUGUGGUGAAAGGCCCUUCGUGCACUGAUCUUGGAAUGGGGGUCUCUGGGCAGCUUUGCACACACAUUUUUCGGGGGCUCCCCCCACUCUCCUGACAGUGACCACAGUAAGUGAUGUAGCCACAGGUUCAAAUCAGGGGCGUCGCAGGUCCAGGGAAUGAGUAGGAAGCCUUAGCUCUCAGACUUAUUGUAGCAAAGGGCAACUCUUAAGGGGCCGUGGUUCCAGCGAGGCAGUGGGGAGCCGCAGGGACAGCAAGGAACUUGUGUCCUGUCCCGAGGAGGUGACGGCUAGUCAGCUCCAAGAUCAGCGCUGUGUAGGAACGGGGGUCCUGGAGAAAUAACAGAGAUUUUACCGAAACCCUCUUCAAGUGUCUAAGCAUUGGCAACGAAUUCAGAAACUUGCACAGAGUGCGCUGGUCAAAGAACACGUGCCAAUGGCCGUGGGACAUGAGCUGGCGAACCUAGAGGCGGCGUGGUUUUGUGUAGGGGCGGGCGGAGCACAACCCAUGCGUGCCAAUGUCUGGACCUUGGAACCCCAGCCUUUUCCCUCACCUCUGCUCUGUAUUUGUGUACCUUGGGCUUUGCAGUGAGCCAAAAUAGAAAGCCGACAGCUUCCCUUUUAUAUUCUAACGAGUAUGACUGAACACUACUUGGGGAAAAAAAACCCACAGGAAUAUAGCCAUUUUUUUUCUAGCACCAAUAAGGAUGAAAAUGUUUUUCAUUUGCUUUAAGUCAUUAAUUAGGUAAAAAAAAAAAGAGUGGGAACAAAAUUUCAUUCAGUAUAGAAAGAAGUCUGCUUGGAAUUCUCAGUGUGAAAGAGAAAAGCUCCAAGCAACUUUUGUUUUUGCGUUCUUUAAAAGAUGUUUUGAAAGGACGUUGGGUAAAAAAUGCAAAUUGAUCUAUUUUCUAAAAGCACAAAACAAUGUGUUAUUAUGCUGUGAAUUGAUACUGGAGCUGAUAAACACAUUAAAAUAAUGAUCCCAAGUUCA